UAGGCGCUCCGCUCUCUUUCGUCAUCCAAGAGUUGACAACUAAGCGAUGCGAAGGAGACAAGAAAGUUGAGAUGAGAUGGCGUCUUUUUUGGCCUCGAUACUGAUAUGCCAUUGGCCCUGUCAUCGCUCAGCCCUGUGUCCUUGUGCCACGCCGUUUUGGCAUUCGAUAACUCGGGAUCGGUGACUGUCGACGAUAUAACCGCGUCGUUACCUCAGGUGUCCGGAUCAAUAGGCAAAUUGGAGCCCAUAAAUAGUCUAUCUAGAGUCCUAGACUCUAGAGGACUCCAGAAGCUUUCCCCACAGCGCUAUUUCUUAAAAGAUACCGGGAUGAUCGUGCGACUCCAAGUCUGGACCUGCUUGAGGACCGUGCAAUGAUAAUCAGAGAACUGACGAUUUCUUUGUUUAGACAAGCCUUCCCAGGAGCGACUUCCGCUUCCAGUGUACUAUUUUGUUAAUUAGUGGCUACGGAGAAGUCGGAUCC